AUGAAUAGAAUAUUCUUAUCUAAAUAUCAAGAUGAGAUUCAAACCAUCAAUCUCUAUUUAAAUAAACUGAUCAAUGAUAAACUCAUUGUUUAUGCAAUUGAUCCGAAAUCCGAUCUAUUCGAAACCAAAGAAAGCUAUGGUGAUCGGAUUCUAAGUUGUCAAAUUUAUAAGAUCAUUACAAGUGAAUGUGGCUUUACGCCUUCACCAGAUACUCUCGAUAAAAUCCGUCAACACUCAACAUCCAAUAUCUUAUUAUCUCAACUCUAUGACCUAUUACCGAUCUCUAAUUUCAUUGCUGGUCAAGAACUAACUCAUUACAAGCAAAAGGCUGAUAUCAUGGAGGUUAUCAUCUGCGAACUGAAAGAGUCAAAGGAUAAGGUUGCCAAACAAUUAUUAAAACUAAUGAUACUAGUUCUUAUUCAACAUGCCAUGUUCAAGCUAAACACUAAAGACUUUCUUCUUGCCAAACUUUACAAUUCAUUGACGAUGGCAUCUAUAGUUUCACUUCUCGCUCCACUGGGUAUCUUUAGACCAAAGACCACCCCUCUUCUACAAGAGAAUUGA